AUGAAUUCGAUUCCUAAAUAAAUUAAGAAUAUCCUAAGAGUGGAAAUUUUACUCAUAUGUGUCUUGAUCAUGUUGAACAUCACACUAUACUUCCUGAAUAUAGCUGAGAACAAAUUACAAACUUGUUAAUUGUCAUUCAACGCUAUAGAAAGAUGCUAUGAUUUCGAUAAUCAAUUGAUCUACAAACAAAGAAUGACUAGGUCACAAUGCGAUUAUUGCACAGUGUUGUUAUGGUUAAUGCCCUCUAAUAUUGUGAUGCUGUUUAUGAUGACUCUCAUAAUUAUUAAUAAAGGUAGGUAUUACAUUAAAAAUUUUAUGAAUAAAUUGCAUUUAGUGGAAAUAAUCUAUUUUGGCUUGUAAUUUGUAUAUAAUCUUUUUAUACUAUUCUAUAUUUUUAAAAUGCCAAUAAAUUAAAAUUAUAGAACCAAAUUGGCACCCUUGAUAAUCCUAUUCAUUGAAUCCUUAAUCAAUUGUUUUAUUUGCAUUCUAAUUAGGAUCGAUUAAAUCUAUACCAUCAAUUAUCUACGUGAAACAAAUAAGAAAGAAACCCAAAUGUAAAUUUAGCUUUUAGUGUGA